AUGGCCCAAAGUAGGGAGUUUACCAUCACUGCUGAUGAUCUGGAUUAUUUUGAGGAUUACUAUGAAAAUUUCACUGGCCAGCCAACUACUGAAUAUGAUUACAGCCCCUGUACAAAAGACCCCAUGAUCAUCAACAGGCACAUUGUAGUUGUCAUCUAUUCCCUGGUGUUCCUGAUAAGCCUUCUGGGGAACUCCUUAGUGAUCCUGGUCAUCUUAUAUAGCCGGGUGAGCCGCUCAGUCACCGAUGUCUACCUGCUGAACCUGGCCAUAGCAGACCUGCUCUUUGCCCUCACCUUGCCCAUCUGGGCAGUUGCCAGGGAGAAAGGCUGGAUUUUUGGCACACCCCUGUGCAAGGUGUUAUCCCUCUUGAAGGAAGUUAACUUCUACAGUGGUAUCCUGUUACUGGCUUGCAUCAGCAUGGACCGCUACUUGGCUAUUGUCCAUGCCACACGUACACUGACCCAAAAGCGUCACUUAGUUAAAUUCAUAUGCCUGGGCAUCUGGGGACUGUCUUUUAUCCUAUCCCUGCCCUUCUUCAUCUUUCGUGAGACCUAUAAUCUCAGAAACUCAAGCCUACACUGUUAUGAGGUCUUGGGCAAUAAUACAGCCAAAUGGCGAAUGGUGUUACGUAUUCUACCCCAUACCUUCGGCUUCCUCCUGCCCCUGCUGGUCAUGCUGUUCUGCUAUGGAUUCACAGUACACACUCUGUUUAAGACCCAUACCGGGCAGAAGCACCGCGCUAUGCGGGUCAUCUUUGCUGUGGUGCUUGUCUUCCUGCUCUGCUGGCUGCCCUACAACCUGGUCCUGUUGACAGAUACCCUCAUGAGGACCCAUGUCAUCGAAGAGACCUGUGAGCGCCGCGAUGACAUUGACCGGGCCUUGGAUGUCACUGAGAUUCUAGGUUUCCUCCACAGCUGCCUCAACCCCAUCAUCUAUGCCUUCAUUGGCCAAAAUUUCCGCAACGGAUUCCUCAAGAUCCUUGCUGCCCAUGGCCUGGUCAGUAAGGAGUUCUUGACACGUCAUCAUGUUCCAUCUUACACUUCUUCCUCUACCAUGGUCCCCUCAAACCUCUGACAAGCACCACGGAAUGAAAAUCUCACCCUCCAAGGAAAGAAUAACCACCACCCCAAGAUUGCAUGCGUGUGAGGCAAGUCUGCUCUGGGCAG